UAUUUUCUACCUUUCGUUGGCUGCCAUGAUACGCUUGUCAACAACUUCAGUGUGGUGGUGCGAUAGUGAUUGCGCGUAGUGUUAUUGUUUUGUGAGAAAAAUUGUUAAACUUAACUAAAUUGUACAUUAUUGUCACAAGUUUUAUGUUUAAUUUUAUGUUUACUUCAUAGUAAUUGUUUUUUUAGUGAAAUAUGCCCUUCUCAAGAGCGGUACCAUCGAAUGCUAUGAGCUGCGGAUUGCAGGCUGGCAGCGGUAGCGCACGACGACUGUGAAAUCGUUCGUAGUGGUUGUUUGCGUGCCUAGCUACAGCGAGCAAAGGCGCCACGUGUGGACCUGCGUACGCCCGGGGGCGGGCGCUCUGCGCCGCCCCACAACUGCAUAUAUUCCCAACAGAUGGUUUAUUGACAACGGAGCAAGCUAAGCAUGAUGUAGAGUUGAAUCGGCAUAUCAUUGCGCCGGACCCAUUUGUGUCAGACGAUUGUUUCAAUGAUUUUUCACCGGCACAUUCAUCUUUUAUUAACACGACUUUAGAAGAAAACAUGAUGAAUCCGGGGGCAGAUGAACCAUCGUCUGGAUUAAAUGGAAGGCUCAGGCCCAGGAAGUCAAACAUUCCCAGUCCACAACCUACCAAACUCGUUCGAAAGUCUGAAGGAAAAACUGGCCAAGAAAAGGCUAAGCGAACUAGUGCCGCAUCCAAAACGCCGCCAAAUAAAACAGAUGAUCUCGCAACAAAGUCUGAUUCUAUACUUUUAUGUCCAUAUUGUGACAAAAAUUUUGCUUCUAAACAAACCUUGUCCAAACAUGUGCGGCGAAUGCAUGCAGCUAGUUCGAAGCACGACAGCUUCAUCGCCUGUCUAUUUUGUGGCCAGUGCGAAGCCGAAGCGAACGACAUUAUACGCCACAUGGCGGAAACGCAUCCCCAACAGUACUUUGCUUGUCUGAACUGCCAUACACGAUUUUCCUCCUUGGUCGAACUUGCUGAACAUAAAAACAAGUUGUGCGAAACCAAGUUAUCUUACCGCAGCAGGCUUCGUCAGAAAGUUUCAACAGGGUCUAUAAAAGAAAUGCAUAAAGAUGAAUUUGGAAAUGACAGUAAAGUUUUCACUGACGGACACAGCUUUAAUGGAGUCGUGAUUUCUUGUGAACUGAAACCGUCUCUAGUAGGCGAUGGUGCUGACAUUGAAGAUAACAUAACAACGAAUUUAAUUUUGCCUCCGAGCAAGAGUCUAGGUAGCAGUACGGUAAUAGAGAAGAGCGCUGUUAUCGUGUUAGACGACAUUCAGUGGAAUAAACGAAUCCCGCCCAAUUUCUCGUUUCAUAACACUGAUGCCGACCAGAUUCUCUCGCGGUUGGGUGUUGUACAUCGCUCGCCUAGAACGGGCGAGUCCACUAAGAAAGAUUGGAAAAACUUGGAUGAGACGACACAAAAAUUCGAAAAGUGUUUCGACACUAGUUUUUACUCUAAAGUGGCAAGUAACGUCCAGGAAAAUUUAAGCAAAUUUUUGGACGGAUCUUUCAAUUUCAACCCCGAUCCAGACAGUACUAUUAAAACUAGGAAGUCGAAGAAUAGUGUUGUCAUUAAUACUGCAGAAGGAUUUCCCAUACUCCUCGCAAGUGAACAGUAUUCACGUAACGCUUUUGAUCGAUAUAUGCCCCGGGCGAUUGCUCCAAAGCACAAGUGGAAAUGGGACAAUUUGGAAAGCGAAAAGGGUCCUAUAAAUCCCGACCAACUGAAGCGCGAUUCGCACACAAAUAAUUGCAUUAUAUCUUUGGUUUCCAGUUUAGAUAUCUGGACACAACUACGUAUGAGGCGAAAAUUCGAAGAGAAGUUUGGCUGUCCACCGCUCGAAAAAAAGACUGAAAAGCAAACAAUUAUAAGUAACGAGUUGAAAGAUAUACUAGAAAGUAGGGAACUGCCAACUCCGUCAUCGCAAGUAAUGAAAAUGACAAAAAAGGCAGCAGAAAUCACCGGGCGGGGCGAUUUCCCCUUGUCGUUGGGGCUCACGCCAUCCACCUCCACUUACGAGCUGCCGCCGGCCGUGCUGAGCGGCGAGUGGGUGCGUCCGCGCUGCUACGUGUGCUGCGCGUGCGGCGCACAGAGCCGUGACUCGCGCGCCGUCUCCGCGCACGUCGCCACGCACCAUCCCAAUGCCCAAGUACAGCAUUAUGAAAUUGUUGGAGAGCAGUUGUUGAACGCAGACAUAUUGAAGCAUCUCUAUGUGCCGCCUAGUCAGAUGUGCAAUCGGACGCGCCCACCUCGGGGUUUCAGAGAGUGUACUAAGUGUAGAAAAUCCAUAACGCUCGAUGAUCUGCACCAGCACAUGCUGGACUGUGCAGGAGACACUCCGGCCGUGCGUAGAAAAUGUCGAUAUCGGCCUUUCGGAGUACGACGUCGCCGCCCGCGUCUGCCGGAUAACACCAUAAGAAAAAAGAUUCGUAAGGAUAUUCGUACCAGACAGAAUAGGCCGAAAACCCUUGUGAGACCUCGACCCAUUAGAACUGAAGUUGGCGACGCUGAAACAAUUAGGAAAAUGAUAGCAGACUUGCCAGCGAAGCGUCACCGGGUACUCAUAAAUCCAACGAAUCCAUCUUUACGGCCUCGUAUUAAACAAAGGCCAAAAAUGUUAAUGAAGAGGCGCUCGUCUGAAGAGCGUAGCAAACGUAUAAAACGAAACAAGGAAAUUAGCGAAACCCGACCGAGGCAAGGUACAUCCGCUAAUGACGCCACGUCGGCCAAAAGCGACGAAGAUAACAAACCAUUAAAACCCAAAAUGAGACGUGUGACAAGCAAAACUCCACGACGAUCCGAACCUGAGAAAAGAAAAACUUCAGUGCUCACCAGAGCAAAACGACCCAACCGCCAAGUAAAAAAAGUUGAAAAAAACGAUAGCAUUAUAGAUGCAUCCAAUUCUGCUUGCAGUUCAAAAACUGUUAUGACGGAGGACAUAUUAUUUGAAAAUUUGCCACAAAGAAUCGAUGUCAAGAAUGAUGAAUUCAAAACAAAAGAACAUGCUGGGCAAGGUCAAGGCAGCUCAAACAACCGUGGCGGGCAGCGAGCAGGGAAUAGUGGUCAAAACAGCAAUUCAGGAAACAGCUGUGCCCCGGCUUCAAAUGUCCCGCUUAAACAUUCAAUAGCUCGCCUGACAGCAGAUUCGGAGAAGCAUGAUAAGUCUGUGCAAUUUCACCAUCUCUUUCUAAUCCAGCAAGAAUGUAACAAUGUCAAUCAACAUGUGCAGUCAGGCCAACAACUAUUAUUUGAAAACGAAGCGGCAGUUCUCACUCUGGAUAAACCCCCUUUACACUACAACAAUAAGGGGCCAUUAGAUGCUCUACAAAAGAGUAAAUUGAACAAGCCCCGAAAAGGACUCAAUGCUUGCAUUGCAAUGCUGAAAAAUAAACUAGUUGAGCCUGCUGCUGAAUCAACUAUACCUGCAGGCCAUGUUUCCGUGCAAUGUGGUGAUGAUGAACCACUAUAUUCAAAACCUGAUACUCCAAAGCCUGCUAUUGCUACUUUAGUAAGUAAUGUCGAAAAUGUGACGAAAUUUGAAACAAUAUUUGAAACUAGUCAAAAUAAGAGUGCUUCGCGUGUACUUGACGUAGAAACGAUUCAAUCCUCCAAACAGGAUGCAAAAAAUACUACUCUGUCAGUUCAAUCACCCAACCGGGAUACAGAAAGCAUCGACGGCAAUAUUGAAGGUAAAAAUCAGAUAACAUCGCAGAAUUUAUGUGAAGUCACAAUGCCAGAGAAACAACUGGAUCUUCCGGCAAAACAUUUGCCGAGCCGCCAAAAAUCGAUGGUCAAUGAGGUUCAAACAAUCGAAUUACCUUCUCAUCCUCUUCCAAUAACUCGAGCUACUGCACUAAAAGCAACCUCAAACAAAGAAACUGCUGCUCCUGAAACAGUGGUUUCCCUUGAAGUCGUCACCGUGGCAGCUAGAGUUCCUCCUCAAGAAAAUUCUAAGCGUCCAAUAGACAAAAGUGUUACUAAUAAGUGGCCAAACACAGUUGUUAACGCUGGUAUCGAUAAGCACAACACAAAAUCAAAUGACGGACGACCUACGAGCCAGAUUUCUGAAGAUAAUCAAGUGUUACCUGACCUUACUAAGCAAAGUAUGACUAAUCACCAAAGCUCUAUAAACGAGAAAAAACUAAGUAUAAAGGAACAUAGUAAUGUGUAUUAUGGAAAUUGUUUGAAUCUCCGACAGCAAACCGAUCAUCAUUCAGAUUCUGAAUACAACUGUAAAGUGAAUGUUGAGAAUUUUCCUAGUGCAGAAUUUAAUCAUGCCCCGGUUAACAAUCGACCCGCUCACGCGAGUACUCACAUUGAGUCUAUCGUUUCGAUUCCACUUGAUCUAUCCGGAAAAGCAAGUAAUGUCAAUGCCUCACAAGAUUUGGCAAACACACAAAAUACUUAUUUGCAAGGAACUUCUUAUGACACAUACGAAACUUUAGAUUUAUCGAACAAAAGCCAAGACUUGGAGUAUACAGGGGAAACAAUUUCUUUACCUAAUGACGAAAUCGUUGAUUUGAGCUUAAAAUCUUCACAUUUGAAGUCGGCUGAAGUUGUUGACAUUUUAGGUAAAGAUGGUGUCACCGAUUUGUCCCUCAAAAGUUGUCUCGAUGUUCCAACAGAUCUCACGGUUAAGAAAAAAGCAACUGAUAAUUGCACAAAACCUUUAAUGGAAAUUUCAAAUCCCCCGGCAAGUCGAGAAUCAGCACCGAUAAGAGAGAUACGCAAUCUCGAUAAAGCUGUGAAGCCUCAAAUCGAUAACAAAAUCUGCCAUUUGCCCACUGCAGAUCUCCAUGUUAAAGACAAAAAAGUUAGUUGCGUUAAUCUGACUACAACAAAAGAAAAUGCAAAUAUAAUAGACACAGUGCCACCAUCAAAAUCUGAGAAUUUUAUGAGUGUUACAGAAAACUCAUUAGAGCAAGUUCAUGAAAAUGUACCCUCUGAUUUAACAUGCCUACAGAGAACUGAAGAUAUUUUAAAAGAACCAUGUACACAACAACAAAUUGCUGCAUCAUUUGGUAAAAGAGAAGACGAGGCAGAUAAAAACCAAGAAAAGUAUUUCCAAGUACAUCCACGAACUUGUGAUAGAACAUUUCAAAUACAAAAACCUAUUUACGAUCCCACGUUAAAAAUACCGCAAUAUAAGAUAAGAGUUGCAGCCACUGUUGAUAAUCCACUCAACAAAGACCUACCUGCUACUAAUAUGACGUCAUCUCCAUCUUUUCCGUUGGUUACUAAUUACUCUGACUCAACCCAAAAUUAUACCCAAAGUGUGCUUACCACGACAUCAGAAGGAAAACUUUCGCUUGGCACUCAAGAUCAAUUAACGUUUACUUUCGGAACCGCACCCCUUAUUGCUCCCAGUUCGAAUACUGCUAAUAUAUACGCUAUAACGAACACUGGUAUAACAUCGCAUUUGAAUAAAUUUGAGAGCACUACGCCCGUGUACACAUUAGCUAAAGCCUGUAUUUCUGUUACCAAGAUUGAAUCUACGAAUUCGACCACCUUGACAAAUACCCUGUUGAGUAUACCUGGAACUACAAUAGCAAAUACUACACCCGUUUAUACAUUGGCUGGUACUACUAUCGGUAUACAAGGAAAUUAUUCUCACUUUGUAUCCGAGGUUCCUGCUAAUUCAGCAAAUCAGAAAACUGAUGAAAAAAUCCUUCCUAGCACCAACACUCAAGGUAAGACAUAUGAAAAAGAGUUGGAAAUCCAUAGAGAAAAAGUUAUUAGUACCAAUGUAUUGUCAAAUGUGGAUCAAGAUCCUGAAACAGCUAGAAAAAUCGCCCUUUUACCUAAAGAACUGGUUGACGUCCUGGGUAACAUGCCUGUAGACCACCGAAACAAACUACUUAAUAUUUUGCCACAGUACGUGUCAACAUCUACUGGCUCAGAUAGCGGCUUAAAAAGCGAACAUUCUAAUCAGUCUGAAUCUACUAGCAAGUUGACAACACCAGAGCCGAACGAAGUAUGUGGAUCUAGUGUACAGAAAAAUAAGCAAGAAUCAGAAUCAAAAAUGACUUCUCCACUUCUUUCGUCUAAUUCUGGUAAACCUUUAAAUAUUGAAAACACUGCAUCACGGCCGCCUAUAGCACACCCUACAACGUUGUCACUUAAUCAUUCGAUUAAUUCGGACGAAGAUGUAGUUGCAGAUGAAUCCUUCGCUAUACAAGCGCGUACAAUUUCGAAAGAUGAACCUCAAACUGACGCAGUUGUUACAAAAUCGGACGCACUGGUAGAAAAUUCUUUAACUGCGUCGACAGCAAAAAGAUUGUCUUUAAGCCAUAGUGUAUCUGUGGAUAAGAUAAUAGAUUUGACAGAGGAUGAAGCUGUGACACGCACUGAAAUACAUAACGAACCUAUUGUUGAAGCGCCGCCACAGAUGUCCUUACUAGUACACCCCAAACGUAACAAAAGCAACAACGACCAAACAGCUAGUCUAAGAGCAGUCCGCAUCAAAGCUCCAUCUGCAAGACAAAGAUCAAUUGACAGCCAACUGGCAAAAUAUACAUCUAUGGCACCUGUAUUAAAAAUGAACAACAAUGAGCACGACAACGAGGUCGAGAAGUCAUUACAUGUUAAUGUCUCAUUGAAUACUGACAUUUCUCUAGCCAUUCAACAAGCAGAAGUGAGCAGCACUCAACACAGUAACAAAAAUGUAGCUGCGGAAUGCAAGUUUCCUUCUGUAACUUCGCCAAAUGUGCAGGAAUCCAAUUUAGACGAAACAAAUAGCUGCACUAGAAGGCUCUCAACUGCGUCUAAAGACGAAAAUAUAAAAAUUGAUGACAUACACAAUAUAAAAUCAGUUGUUAAAACAACUCUCGUUACGUCGUCAGUUGUGAAUAGCGAAAUUAACAAGGAUCCGCCCCAAGUAAUUACUAAGGAAUAUAUUUCACUUAAAAGUAACCUUGAUACUAAAUACAUACAUAGUAUGAAAUUAGAUAUAUCUUCGGAUGAUAGCGAUUCGACCAAGAACAAUAGUGCAGCUAUUACGAAAUCGAGCUUAGAUAUUUCUGAAUCGUAUGACUUGCCAGUUAAUUGCUCCACACCAAAGACUGGAAAGGAAACGGAUGUUUUAAUUACUUCACCAGAACGUCGCUUAUCAGUUGCAAGUGAAGUUCAAGAGGAUUCCGACGAUGACUUGUCAUUGGCAGUCAUUUGUAAGCAAAAACAGCAAAAUCUUCUAAAAAUAGAUCCAGUUAAAGAUUCAAGUAAUUCUGAGAAAGAUGAUAUUGCAACCAAGAAAAAGGGAAAGAAAAGCGAGAAGAAUAUACUUGUGGCACAUGAUUCAUCACUCGGUAAUAAUAAUACUGUUUUAACAGUUUCCCUGGAUAAAGAGAAACCAGUAUCCUUUAUGGAAAGUGAUAAAUAUUCAACAAAGGCACCUGUCGAGGAAAGCCUCAAACAGAAAAACCGCAAACUUCGACGUAAAAAUAUUGCGAAAAAUACGCAAUUUGAAACAACCGACACAGCACAGAAGUCUGUUAUGAACAGCGUUGCUGUCGAUAACAAGAGCGAUGAAGUCCAUAUAGGCGGUAGCGUUAUAGAUAAAAACACUAACCAUAAAAAUGACAUUAAACUGUCUAUUGGCACAUCAAGGAAACGUUCAAAAGUAAACGAGGAAAUCAUAAUAAAUGAGACUAUCAAUGUGCCCAGAGGACAGGAAAAUAAUUAUGAACCCGAAACUAAAGCAUCACCUGUAAGAAAAAAAAAUAAGAAAAAGAAAAAGACUCCAACAUCACAACCAAAUGGCGUGACUAGUGAAAAUCAAGAUGAAAAGAAUAAUGAAAUAACUGAAGCUACCAGUAAUAAUAAAAAUGCGACAGAUCAGUCAGGGUCAUCAAAUACAAAAGAACGCGGUUCAAAAGUUUGUUCGGUUACUAUUAUCAAUGAGACAAGUAAUAUGGAUAAUAUUAGCCUUCCUGCCAUUGUCGCCCCUGUGACGUCCUGUUCUAGUCUUGAUGAAGCGAGUAACAUGAUAACACCAUUACGACGCAGCAGACGGGUAAGAUCACGUAAUAAUUCGGUUCCCGGGGAGGAGUUGCAUGUUGACACUUUGCAGGAAAAUAGAACUCCACUGACAAAAAAACAAUUAAUAUUUUCAAAAUUAUUACUAGAUGAGGAAAAUAAUGUGAAAACCUCUGACAGUGAAAACGUUGAUGGUGAUAAAGGUUGCGCUGGUGAAAACGUUGACAAUUUAAGAAAAAUUACAACAUUAGAAGUUGUCACAAAUAAUGUGAUGGAAGAUAACGUUCCUGUUGAUAGUAAUAUCAAAGAGAAAAACAAAUCCAUCAAGCGUAAAAAGUCAGCUAAUUUGAAACGUAAAUUCAAGAAGAAAAAGCCUAUCAACACACAAUUUAGUUGCGGUGAAGAUGGUGUUGAAGAAGGUAUUGAUAUUACUUUGCAAGACCAGAAUAAAGACGGUGUUACAAUAUCACACGAAGAACAAAGGCCUUCUGAAACUCCUCCUCGUUCUUUUGACGAUUCUGAUAUCUGCGCUACGUCCACUUCUGAUACUGCCUUAUUAACAGCACCAACCGUAGAACCAAUUGAGAUAGGCUUAGCGGUAUCUAUUGAAAAGCGCAAAAGCGGCGAUUUGCCUCACAUUGAACCGUUACAAAGUUCACAGCCCAAAAAAAUUAAACUAAAUGCCUCUGAAGUCACUUUAGAUGUGCAGUGUAUUGUAAAUAAAGAUCAGUCAAAAUUCGAGGAAGAGCCUUUAAUUACAUCACAUAGCAUACACAGUACAAAUGAUACUUCAGACAAUACCAUUAGUAAUACAACCAAUGUAAUUGAAGGACCUGAUAGUCCUGAUACUACUCCUAAAAUAUGCUUAGAUGAAGAAAAACAUAUAGCACCUAAAAGUAAUGAAAAUUAUUCCCGUGUUAAAACAUGUUACAACACGCCGGCCGCUGGCAGACGUACGCGGUCAAAAUCCGCUGUUAUUAAGUCUGUGGUUUAUGAUCCAUACGAUAUUGAUAUGGACGACAUGAUUGAACACGCGGAGCCAUUACGACAACGUAAAACAAGUACAGAAUACAGAUCACCACCCAACGCUAAACAAUCUACCUGUUCUAAAGAAAAUGUAAAGAUUUGUGAAGAGGAUAGUAAAAAGUUGCAAUCUUGCUCUAAACAUGACGGAAAUGAUUCUGACGACUCAUCGAAAAGUGAUGUUCCAUUAAAACAAUAUGUGGAAGAAAAGGAAAAGAAAAUAUGCGGUGUAGAUAAGUCCAUUUUAAACCACAAAAAUGACGUCGAAAAUGAACUCAACAGUGAUUUGAGGAAGAGCAAAAAGAGCUCUAUUAUAGAUAAGAAAAAUAGACGUACGCUUGGCGUUUGUAACACCGACGAAGGAAGAGCUCAAGACGAAACAGACGAACAACUGCGAUCGGAACAAUUUAUGGAAAGUUUUGGGUUCUUUUCAGAAAGGAAGCCUCGAAAGUCGAAUUUAUUAGCGACAAAAAAGAUAUCAGAAACAUUUCAUAUUAUUGCAAACGAAGCCGAAGACAUGGUAUAUCAAGAACGAAAUUCUAGAAAAGACCGAAACAUGCAAAAUGAAAAUAGAAAAUCAGUUGAUAGAGACAGCAAUUCAAAAGUUUCAAGGCAACGGUCACCCCUAUCUAAGAAAACCGUCAAAAGAGGUCGAAAGAAAAAAAAUUCAACUACCGUCACAACACCGAGUUAUUGUAAUAUAUGUAAGAAAGAGUUCCGUCGUUCUGACAAUUUCCUUAGGCAUCAAAUUACCCUUUUACAUGUUUCCAAAAUGUCAGAAGUCGAAAUGAAAAUUAAAACGGUUCCCAUUCAAGAAGAGCCAAACUAUUUAAUAGCCUAUAAAGAACAUCUAGAUCGUCUCAAAAUUAUUACAGACAAAAUGUUAAAACGCAAGAAAAACUCUAAAUCGGCCCCGAAAGUUACCCCACUUUCAUUAGAAGAGAUUCUAGCAGAUGUCAACAAAAUCGUGAGAGAGCAACAGCUUUCACAUAGAGGAUUAAGUUGCGACGAAGAAUUAUUCUUGGAUUGUUGUGAACUUUUAAAAGAGUCGCACAAGAAACAAGAGCCUGCUCCUGACAUACCAUCUAUAAUAAAAGAUACAGAUGAUGUGCUAUGUCCGUCACAAGCUGCCAAUGUAGGAUUAGACCUUUUAGGAAAAACUGACAUUGAUGUGAAAUCUGACAAUAAUAAAAACGAUGGCGACGUUGACUCCAUAACUGCUAAAACUAUUUUAGAAAGUGAGGAGGUCCGGAAUUUAGAAAAUGAUUUAAUCUCUGGUUUAAAGGAAGCUGCUAACAAGCAAGCAAGUACUCUGAACAAGUCUGCCAUCGUUUUCCAGCAAACGGGGAAUGAUGUGGACCAAGAUAUAUUACAAGACUUUAGUGACCACUUGUCGAGUCCUGCUGCUACUGAAGCACAAUAUGAACAGCUUAAUAAUUACGAGGAACGAGUCGAAUUAAACGCUAUAAAAGACAAGAAAUAUCCUGAAUAUAAAGAAAAGAUGUAUCCAGACGUUGAAGAAUUUGACAUGUUUGAAGAUAAGUUUGAUAAGAUUAAGAGGAAAUGUCGAUCUCAAGCAGCAGCGGCAAAACAACCUCAACUUGUAGUUGAACCCAGUAUCAGUCGGAAAGGACGCAAAAAGAUUGACAAGAAAAAAGGAAAGAAAAAUUCCAAGAAAAACCAUCCGAAUACUGUUCUCACUAAAGGGGCACUGAAAGGCUUCGACGGAAUUAAAGUAUCCAUUCCAACAUCUGAUAUAAAUAUAUCUGCAAUUGUAUCACCUUUGGACGGCUCGCAUAAAAAGAAAAAGAAAAGUACUUUAAAGAAGAAGAGAGAAAAUAAAAACUCUGAAUCAAGUAGCAAAUAUGACAGUGACCAUCCUCUUAAUGAUAGCUCCGCUUCCCUGAAAAAUGUUGAUGUAUAUGAAUUCAUGGAUAAUGAAGAUGUAGAGUUAUUCGAAUUCAGACCAUCAACUUUAAUGGAGAGGUUUAAAAGCAUCACCAACAAGGACACCCCGAGUACAUCAAAGGUCAACCCCGUCGUCGAGGAGGCUGACCACUCCAGUGCCAGCGGCUCCGACGGCGACGACUUCGUCUACAUGUCAGAUGAUUAUGUUUGCAGUGAUGAUGAAACUGAAAACAGCUUAAUGUCUUGUGACGUGAGUAACACCAAAAUUUCUGCUGACACCAAGAAACUCUCGUCCCAAAUGAAAAAAAGAGACGCAGUUGAGAAAAACGCAGUAAUGGGGAAAAUUUUCAAAAACAACGCUGUACGAAGUGAAAAGAAAACAACCAAGAGCAAAGAACUGGCCAAACCAAAGGCCAAUCUCGACCAGCUUUUUGAUAGUUUACUUGAAGAUGAACCGAGUUCUUCGAUGCUGAACGAUGAAUCGCUGCCUCUUAAUGACGAAGCGCCUUAUGCUUCAAAAUACGAAAACAUUAUAGCGUCCCCAAGUCAAUCUGAUGAAUUGUUACCGAAAUAUGAACAAUACCAUACCAAGAAAAAAUACAAUUUAAGUACAGACAAAGAGAAUUACUCAUCAAAAUAUAAAAAUCAUUCAUCGGAUAACGAUGAUGAUGAUGAGCCUUCACCUUUUGUUGAUUACGGCCCAUCCACUUCAAAACUCUGUUUAAAAUCAUUUAUUAGCGAUCAUAAAAGUACAAAACCUGGGCUACGUCCAUCGUUAUCACCACCUGAAUUAAAACCAGUUUCCCCAAAGAAAUGCGAUAACACAUCGCUGAAAAAACAUGAACGAAUGUCUAUGCAAGACGACUAUUUAGAGGACACAGGAGCUACGAGAAAAGGAAACGAUGGAAUGAAAAAAAGCAAUUCUAAAUCCAAAGACGAUAGAUCGCCCGUAAGAAAAAUAGGCGAUAGCUUCGGAAUUUCCAGUGAUUAUAACGAAAUUGGACUAGAAGAUUUUACAUCAGACGAAACAGGCGUAGCGAGACAAAGGGCACGUAGAAAAUGCACAGUAGGAAAACAAAACAUUCUCGCUGAAACCUGGAGCUCAGAAUCAGAGCCCGACGGCGGCCCACCUCGACCAAAUAGUGCGGGCUCCAUAGCUUCUGGAACAACUCGCAAAAAGAAAGGCAAAAAGAAAGAUUGGCAACAUACGGCCGGGCGGCGAACUAACAACCGCCAUAUUUCUUUUAAGAAACAGGAAAUUGUAAGCAGAGUAUCUAGUAGUAUUCGCAACACCUCGAUGCAUACAAGCGGUACUAGCAGCAGUGAAGUCGUAGACAAUAUUAGCUCAGGAAGUACACUUGUACCACUCGGAUCAUCAGAGAGAAGUGAGCCUAGCACCAGUGCAGCAAGUGCAAGCGGCGGCGGUUGCAUGUCUGUGGAGGAACCGCCGGCUAUUCCAUCUACAUCAUCGGGCGCAAGUAUAUCGUCUCCUUCCGCCGGGCCUUCUACGUCGACAGAAGAACCGUUGGAGCCGACGUUCCUCGUGCCGGCCGAGCCCGGCACGUCGGGCGGGGUACGCACCCGCAUGUACUACUGGUCCUCGGACGGUAGCGACAACGAACAAGUGCGCGAGGCGCUUGCUCGCGAGGAGCUGGCGCGCGCCGAGCGCGAGCACGCGCGCGUCGAAGACGCGCAGCAGCAGCAGCAGCAACAACAGCACGGCUGGAUCGUCGGCGAUAGCCAUAAGAAAUUAGUUACUAUGUUAGCACACGCGAAAGGUCGAAAGCGUAAUAAUAAUAACGACGACAAACGUCAUAAGACGGAGUAAGUUUAGAAUAAUAAUUAGCGUUUAUCAAUGUUGUAAAUAUGUUGUAUAUAGUUACUGAUUUAGUUCUUUAUGAAAUGUCAUUUUUCAUGACAUUUGACCAGAAUUCUUAUAUGAUACAUUUCAUUAAAUUGAGUUGUGUAAAUACUGUAAAUCUUUUUACAAUCUGUUAGUUAAAUCUUUGUCCCUUGCAGUAUGGUAGCAUAGUUAAAUAAAAAUAUUUCUAUUAUGAAUUUUAUUAAAAAAAUCAUGAUUCGUGGUGUCAAUGAUAUCCAUAUUUUAUUUUUCUUGUAUUUCGUGGCAGGUGUACAUAUUGUAUAUUAUUGAAGAGCAUAAUUUAGUUAAUUUAUGUAUACAUACACUAGUGCUGGUUUGACACCGCUGCAGAGCCUGCAGUACGAGUACGUAGAUGAUUGUUUUGAUGUAACGUAAGAAUGAUAUUAUUUGAAGUUGUCACAUUUCCCUUAGACAGGGUUCACUCAGGGUGUGGGUUAUUAAUAUGAGAUCGCAUCUUCCUUCAUGUGCUUGCCCAUUAAAGUAUUAGUGCUGAUUAUUAAGUGUAACUUAUAAAAAUAUUUAUUAACUUAUGGUGGGAAAACAUUUGAUAAGUUGAGAUAUCGCAUUAAUCUAUUCACAUUCUCUGUAUUAAUAAUAAUUCUUGCUGCAUUAUCGCAUUUCUCUUAAAAGUGUUAAGGAAUAUCUCAAAAUUUAUGUUAGGAAACGAAAUAUUUCUGUGAGUAAUCAUUAAGUGCAUGCAUUAAAUAUAUCGCUAAAAUAAAAUUAUUAUGUGUUCCUUACAUUUCAUAAGCAGUAUGAUUUGUCGGUAGUGUCCAAAGGGGCUGACGGCGAGGUCUGGUUCAUUUGUCAUGUGUUAGUUUUAUAAAUGUACUAUAUUUUAUGUAGUUGUAAUACCAAUGUCAUGCAUUAUAAUGUAGUUCUUUUUCUAGUCCAGAUACGGAAAGACUAAAUAGCCCCAUUGUCAGCCUCGGAACUAUGUGAUCUUAUUUUCUGGUGUAAUGAUUUAAAGAAAGAAGACUUAUUGUUUUAAAGUUUACGUAAUUAUCAGUAAACUGGAUUUGUGUUUAAAACAAAAAAAGUUUAAGUCUUGAAUAAAGCUCAAUGUUGAAA